AUUACUGCCUCUCACGCCAGCUUAGAUGGCCAAGGGCAAGAAGCCAACUACGCAGGAGCUCUAUGAACUCCGGAGGCAGCGAGAAGAACAGGAGAAGGAAGCAUACCUUCCUCCGGGCUUGAUUAACCAUGGAAAUACUUGUUUCAUGAACUCUGUAUUGCAAGGGCUGAUAGCUACGCCUCUACUGUAUAAUCUAGUCCACUUUCAACCUAUUCCCCCAUCCAUACAGAACGCCACAUCCACUCCUCCGAUAUUGUCCAGUCGGUCGCCCCAACUCACCAAUGGCCAUAGGCUGGGUGGCGACUACGAGAAGGAGUGGGUGGAAGGUAUGCCCUUAGGGGAUACGUUCUUCAGGGUCAUGGAGAAAGCUUGGGACAUCCAGAAUGACAGACGGCGAGAAUCAAUGAGUCCAAAGGAUCUGCUGUCGGCGAUCGGCCGUAAGUACGACCAGUACUUGGAUUUUCGCCAGCAGGACGCCCAUGAAUUCCUGAGUCAUUUACUCGAUGCCAUGCGAAUGGAGGAGAAAGAUAUUAUCAAGAAGCGGCAGCCUCCCCCACCGUCCAAGCGCAAACGCAAACGAUCACCUAAGCAACCUUCAGCGUCCACUUCCACAGCAGGAACUGCCUCGCCACGUCCACCACCCGUCCGGUCCUCACUGUCCACAGUCCCAGAAGUAUCUACCUCAGAGCAUCCGGGUCCUGUGGUUGACGAUGAUCCCACAUCCCCGCCUAUUCCCGAUGAAGAGAAGCUCGCUACUUUCUCAGAUAUGCUCUUCGGCGGAAAGCUCGCCAGCAUACUGGUGUGCGAGAAGUGCAAACACAUCUCAUGCACGUACGAGGACUUCAAUGAUCUCAGUUUGAGUAUCAAACCCGAGGACUACGUCCGGGAGCGUAAACGGGACAAGCUGAAGACGUUUGCGAAGAAGCUUAGACUGCGCCCGGGUACCAGCCCUGGACAACUUCCGAAUCAAAGUGUCCGGUCGUCGUCGGUACCUGCAAGCCCCAUUCGGCGGAGCUCACAGCAGGCUGCUGAUCAUGAGCCGCCGGUUGAGGACCGUGUCAGACGACGAAGUAUAGACGCAACCCCCGUCACAGAAGAGCCGCCUAGGACCGGCCCUAUGAGUCUUGCUGCCAGCACUGAAUUAGAAGGCCCCCCGCAGGAUGAAUGGCAGGAGAUAGGAGACGGAGAGGCCAAGCAGUCAGAGGAGAAAGGGUCUCUCGACAGAGACCACAUAGAAUUCGUCGAGCAAGAGAGGCCGGAGAAGGAGAAGAAGGAUAAGGACAAGGAUGACAAUGACUGGGUCAAACUUGGCAGACGAAUAAGUAUGUCCAUGUCUAUGGGGAUCGGGAAGAAGGACCGGGAAAGAAAGAGCCGGUCGAUGGAGAGGUCUCGGUCCAGCAGGUCUGAGCGUAGUAAGUCUAAGGCCGCAUAUAACGAGGAUGUUCCAUCCUCUCCAGCAUCUUUCGCGCAGACCUUCAGCUCGACCGAGUUCAAACUUGGGCAGCCCCCUUCCCCGGCCAUUGCGAUCAAGGGAGGGGAAGACAUUCCUUCUCGCGGCGCGAGUCCUUCGCCCAAUCUCACAGCCUCGCCUUUCGUGUCGGGUUCUCCUCGGUUGCCUAUUAUCAGAAGGGCUGGGAGCCCAUCUCUAAUCGGCAGCAAGCAUGUGAAGACGCCUCGGCCGCCAAAGCUGUCCAGGGAGGAGUCAGCAUAUCUCCGGAGACUUCUUGCUGAUGUCCCCUUGCCACCUUCUUCUUCACCGUUGGCUAUGUUCAGACCACCUUCGUUCUCAGGAGCACAUCCUCACCAUCACGGCCAUGGGCACCAUCACCCGCCCCACUCAGCGACAAGCACCGCGGCACAGAAUCUUUGGGCUAAGUUAGGUCACCUCCCAAGUAUAGAAGAAUGCCUUAGAUUAUUCACGUCCGUGGAAGUCCUGGAUGGUGACAAUAUGGUGGGGUGCAGGAGGUGCUGGAAGAUUGCUAACGGUACCUACUACAGUCGCUCAUCUAAGGCUGGUAAGGAGAUUAAACCGCGUGCGGGCAUCGACGUGGAAGACUCCGAUAGCGAAGAAGACAGUGAGGAAUCCUCACCCCAGGAGAAGAAGUCUGAAACUCGCGGCCGAUCAGAAAACGCUCCCGAGCGUUCUCCUUCGGCAUCUCCAGCGAUACGGCCUGUGUCCUUACCGGCUUCGGUUAGAAAUGCUUCCUCAGAGCCUGUGGCUCUCCCGGAGGCUGCCUCAGAGAUACUGUCUCCUGCUUCAUCCACUGCUUCUCUGAGCGCCCAGUCAGCCCGGUCGACGGAGUCCUCUAUCCUCAAUGCGCAAGGGGAUGAUGGAACAUCGCUAUCGUCCGUAGCAGCGACCGUAGCUUCAUACUUGCUUCCUGCAUAUCGGUCGAAGCCUAGUGCCCCGCCAGCACCACUUAACCUGCCUGACGAGCCGGGCAGUGAUGCUCCCCAAGCUAACAUCUCGCCUCAUCCGCCCGUGUCCGCGUACGGUGGUCUCCCAAUCCCCUCCAUCUCCACCACCGCUCCGGAGUCGCCUUUGACUUCUGCUCAGACGGUGAAAGCACGAUCCGAGCGACCCCUCCCGGACCUGCCGCAGGACCCGCCGCAGGCCUCCUCAUCCAAGGAUUCACUGAGGGCCCCGCGAAUCCGUUUCGGCCGGUCGAAGCGAGAGAGUAAAGGAGACGAGUCUGACAGCGACCUGGACAGCGAUAGUGAGGACUCAGACACCGAGAGCAAUGCUUCUAGCAGUGUCACUGGGUUCUCUGAUGGAUCGCCCAUGAUGUCGCCUUACGCGUCCCCCGUCAUGUCUCAGGAGAAUCUGUCCUCUGCCUCGCGAUCUGCAAUGGGUCUCGGCCUGUCUCUGGGGAACGAGUCGAACGCCACCUCGGCGGAUAACAGUACCACUCGAGUGUCGGAGAAAAAGAAGAUUCCCCGGUCCAAACAGGUCAUCAUGCGGAGGGCAUACAAACGAUAUCUCAUCGCGACGGCACCGCCUAUUCUCAUCAUUCACCUGAAGCGUUUCCAGCAAGUUUCGAAGCACCCGGCGUUCUCGUCGUUUUCCAGCGGCUUCAAGAAAUUGGAUGACUUCGUAUCGUUCCCUGAGUACCUCGACCUUGGGCCGUACCUUGCCCCCCAUAAGGAGGAUUUUGGACUGGGCACGGACGGGGUCGAGCAAAGACCCGAGCUGCCUUUACGCUCGAAGGGUCGCGAGAAGUGUAUGUACCGGCUCUAUGCCGUGGUUGUGCAUAUCGGGAAUAUGCUUGGGGGCCACUACAUUGCAUACACCGCCCUGCCUGAUGCACGUUCACCGCUGCGGCGCUCGGGAUCACAACAGUCCUCCACAGGAGAGCUGUCCGGUGACGCACAGCCGGGCAACGCGCAGUCACAAGCUCAGUCUGCAUCUAGCGGUGCCACCAAGCCUGCGGAUUCCCCGCGCCAGUGGGCAUACAUCAGCGAUACCGUAGUGAGACUGACGACGCUCGAUGAAGUUCUGAAAGCGAAAGCCUAUCUAUACAUGUCGUUCUCCCAACCAAGGCACUCCUCCAUGGAUUUCUUAACAGCAGAACCGGAACCUCUCUCCCCGGGCUCGAGGAUUCUGAGUCCCCCACCGAGGUACAUGUCUCCAACAUCGGGUGUCACGCAACCUAGCGAGGAGGACUACAGACCCAUGCUAAAUCCUCAGGCAAGACCGCGAGAGUCCUCCGUGUACCAGAGCCGUCCAAGACCGGAAGAUGGCCUCCCUGCGAAUGGUCGAGCCAGGAGUGUCCGGCGUGAUUUGCCGAGCCCUCCCGCACCGAUGAGCCCGCUCCCCUCCCCGCCUAUGGAACCAGGAUCGUCGUACCCCGAGAAUCACCUUGCGGUCAACCACAGACGAGCUCGCGGGUCAGAGAGCUCUGGCUCAAGUAAUGGUCACCCUCCCAAUGGUUACACUAGCCCAUCGUGGCACCCCGUACGUCGGGCUUCAGGCGAACCUCCAAGCCCCUUACACUUAGCUACGCCCGGUAGCUUUGACAGCGCUCAGUCACCUGGGAGGCCAUCGAAUCAUACCGCCCGCUACUCUUUUUCUCAGUUGUCAUGGAACUCUAUGAUUCUGUCCCCGUUGGAAGUCACGGGAACUGCUGAGCGUAUCAGGCAGGCCGAGUACCACAUCUCAGUCGGCAUGAAUUGUUUUCUUCCCGGGACAGCGUUCAUUACCACCAUCAGGAGAGGAGGCUCUGCGGAGGGGGAGGUCAUCGGCGAGAUUGAAAUCGGAAACCCUGAACAUGGAAAGAAGGGUGGGACGGUCCGAGUGGGUAGUACGAAGGUCUGGCUGAAUAAGGCUCUCAGGAAGGGCGCUGGCAACCAUAAAACUUCGGCGUUUUCAUGGAGGAACCCUUGGUCUUGGGAAUUCCCUGGACGUACGCAACUGCUGUGGAAUUGCUCGGACCAGUUGAAGAAGUGUCACCGAGUGAACUACACUGGGGGCCGAGAUACCACACCGCUUGUCGCCUCUUUCAGCCCGCCUCACUCGGAUGACAAGGAUGUCGUCGUUGUGUCUUCUCCUGCGAUUCUUGAAGUUGCCGGGCUGGAUAGUCAGGAGACGUUCGAUCAUGUUGUGAUCUCCGUUCUUCUCUUGGAGCGCAAGAGGUUGCUCCCCACAUAGUAGCGUGGAUAGCUAUCUAUUUAAUGUAACCUAUACCAUUGCUGGAAUCUCGCUACCCGGGCAUUGUAUUCCCUCUGUGAUUGUAAUAUCGCUAUCUUACGUCCUUUCUGCUUCAGUACCUCAUUACCCAUUCCGAGUCCCUGGUUCGCGUCUCUUUUCGCUGUUUGCUGGCUCCGUGUGCUCCCCAGAUGUAAGGGCAUAGAUUUUGCACUGAUUUUUGAAGUAAUGUACUAGGUAUGAUAGAC